UCAGGGCUUUAAUCACACCACCUGCAGUGCCCCAGGUUUUUCUUGAUCAUUUGUUUUUUUGUCAUAUUCCACAAACAUAUGCCAGGCACUCUUCUAAAACAUGAGAGACAAUAAUGAUCAAAACUCAAGUUUCUGUUUCCAUGGCAUUCACAGUUUCGUUUGGUGGUGGGGGUGGUGGUCUUACAAAGUGCUGUUAAAAAAUAGGUUGAGUUGUGAGAGAUUGGUGCCUGGGAAAGUCUGAGGUCCCAAUGGUAGGUAGUAAACUCCAGGAGGGUAAGAAACGGCCCUUGUGCCUUACUACACUGGCAGACAUCGAAUGAUGUUGAGCAUGGAGAAAUUUGAAACCUCCCAUUUUUAUUAUGUAGGUCGGCAGCAAACAGUAAUCAUCUCAAAUGGUCAUGUUACUCCGGGCACCUGACACGACUGACUAUCAUCCUCUCUGCCAACUGGGUUUCCCGACCCCAUACAUAGCUUAUAUAAUAAAGAGCAUCUGAACCAACAGUGGGUUCUGAUUACUAUAAAAUUCCAGAAAGAAACGCUUCGCUUUCAUUUGUCCCUCAGACAUUUUAAUGCUCGCUGAAGGAAUGAAUGAAAUAACCGAAAAGCACAUUGCGACUCUGCCUCUGGCAGAUCUGGGACAGUGGGUCUGCUUCAGGUCCUGGUGAAGGGAGUGACACACUCCCUAAGAAGUUUUGUGAGGCCCGGGGAACUCAGGAUCGUGGCCCCAGCUCAAAGCCUAUCAUGGCUUGGGAUGCCCAGUGGUGACACCACCCGCAUUUGCGGGAACCCAGGAAACGUAAGGCUGUCCUGCGCAACCGUCCCGGUGCCUGCGCUGUCUGCCUCGCCCACCGGCUGCCUAUUGGCUGCCCCAUUGGAGACCCUCCCCCUUGACGAAGAGAAACUCGAAAGCCUUGAAAGCUUACGUCAUUAAGCUGCCAAUCAGAAGCAGGAACCUGCAGGCUUGUCCAAUGAGAUUGGGCAUGGGGCACGGCCCGCGGAGUUUAAUUUUCGACCUGGGUCGCGGAAGUAGCGGUCCUGUCCUAGGGUCUAGGGACAGGUUACCUGGGCCGGGGGGAGGCGACUUGGUCUCCCGCAGAGUUAUCCUGGCUGAGCGGAGGACUGCAGGGCCGAGCCCAGGUCGGCCUCACAACCCCGGUGGGGUCAUGGUUACCGCUCGCGGCCUGUAAACCGAGGUGCGCGGGCAGACGCCGGUUGAAGUGUGAGCUGCUAGGAGCAGUGCACCGCGGAAUUCUCCGACUGAGCAUCGAGACUCGCCUCCGUAGCGUUCUCCUCUAGACAUCGUGGUGGUUGUCUGGAAGCUCGGCUUCGGAGGAAGGUGAGCAAGGCUACCUGCAGGGUUCGAGCCGUCCUGGAGGAGGGCUGUAGCCAAACCCAUGGACUCAAGGGGCCUUUGGUCUUAGUUGGGUCAGUAAGUCGCCUUGCCUAUCUGGGUUCCUGCUCCUAUCUUUAGAGUGAGUGAGGAGGAAUGGGUGGUACUCUGAUCCGCUUGUGAGAAGAGCUGCUGUUCAUUUUGUUAGAGCUGUAAGGGCUCCUGGCUGAUUUAAAGGGUCGACUGAGCUCACCUGCGUCUCAGCACAACUCUUUCAGGAAAGAGGGAGCUUCGCUGUUGGAGCUAACGUGAGAUUGACAUCUAUUGACUAGACACCUUCAUAGGCUCAAACAUCUAGUGAGAUGUUUUAAUGUAAUUUAACUGAAAAAUUGAAAUUUCUUUAACUCCCUUUUUUCUAUGUUACUUUUUACAAAAUAAGGCUAGCUAGGAGAAAUUAGCUAUGGUGUAAUGUGUAAUGAAAGAACUCCUCCAAGUAUUUAGUUCAAUCUAUGUGGCAAGGAUUUCCAAGAAUAAUAUAUUUUAAAAUGUUUUCUGCAGGUACCAAGAAACUGAUGUUUCCUUGAAUUUGCUUCUGUAUUUGCUUCAUCAAUGUCUUUCAUGUUGACUAUCUUAAGAGAGAUUCUGGAAUAUUUUGGUGUUCCCAUAGACCAGGUUUUGCUGAUUUGGGAAAACAAAUACUAUGGAUCAGCUCGGAGUCUUGUUCGUGUUAUUGGAAAAAUGCUUCCUUUAAAACCUUGUCAAAGACCUAAUUUUGAGUUGAUCCCGCUCUUGAACUCUGUAGACUCUGAUAACCAUGGAUCUAUGGUUCCAUCUUUUGCGGAUAUUUUGUGUGUAGUGAACGAUGAAGAAGCAAGUUGUCUCAGAUUUCGAAAUAGCAUAAAGCAAAAUGAAAAAGAGGAGAAAAUGGAAUUUUUCCAUCCUUUGCAACUAGUUCGGAAUCCACUGUCACCUGCUGUAGGGCGAAACAAGCCAAUGAAAACUGAGCUGCCUGUGACUGAAGCAGCCGUUAAAAAAAUAGCUGCCCUUGAAGAUGAGCUAGCUUUUCUUCGCUCACAGAUUGCUGCAAUUGUGGAAAUGCAAGAACGGAAAAAUGGUGCAAAUUCUGGCUCUUUCGAUUUGAAUGAUGGGCCCCGUGUUUCUGGACAAAAGCCUUCAUCAGAGGCUGCUCAGCGAGGAGUGGAGCCAGACCAGUUUCCGGGUCCAGUGAUUUCUUCACCUCCUCCACCACCACCGCUUCCUUCUCAGUUUUCUUCUCUCCAGUCUCCACAUUUUCUAGCCACACAAGAGGGAUCAAAUAAUAUUUGUGACUCAGAUAAUCCAGCAAUUGAAAUAGAGAAACAGCACCCAGGUGCUAGCAAGACUAUGUAUAGGCGUCACCCAAAAAGCCAGAGAAGUAAAGGUCUUCCAAACAUGUUGGAUGUUCUGAAGGAUAUGAACAAUGUCAAGCUUCGUGCUGUUGAAAGGUCACCUGGUGGUAGACCCAUUCACAAGAGAAAAAGACAAAAUUCACAUUGGGAUCCAGUGUCUUUAAUAUCCCAUGCACUUAAACAGAAGUUUGCAUUUCAAGAAGAUGAUUCCUUUGAGAAAGAGAACAGGUCUUGGGAGCCUUCUCCAUUUUCUAGUCCAGAAACUUCAAAGUUUUGACAUCACAUUUCACAGUCAGAAGGACAGUGAACAGAAGGAAGGAUUGUAAACUAAAGCCCUGGACCAACCCUUCAGGAACAGAAGCCGUGUCCGAGAAAGAAGGAUUACAGAAAUCUGCCAGCCUGUCUUUCACUAGAUUUCAAAGGAAAGAUCUUGUGUUAAAUGAAGCUAAACAGCUCUGUAUAAUGGGAUGUAUUAGUGCCGAGAUCUGAAGAAUCUCAAUUCUUAAGAAUACUUGUCUCUGGUUUUGGAAAAUCCAGUAACUAAGUGGUUACUGAUGAUAGUUAUAUAUGAAUUUUUAA